AUGAACAUCUUAAUUUGUUUAUUUCAGAACGGUGAUUCUAUGGCUGGGCAUAUGCAUUCAGAGCUGGUGCGUGUUAUUCGCACAUUCAUGGCCAAGUUCGUGAAGAUGGAAACAAUCACUGCUGCUGCUGACGUCACAAUGGUAGAUUUUAAGAUGCGCACCAACCAACAUGACGAGGAGCUUCUUGCUGUCGGAAUGAAAGCUCGUGGUUACCUAGACAAUAAUGACGUCAAUCCACAGAUAAAAGCACAAUUCUUUAGCAAAGUUCGCGCAUUCUAUGUUGAGAUGACCGAGAAAAUGAUUGCGAAAUUCCCACUUAAUGAUCCAGUCCUCAAGUGUCUUUCCUUCCUACGUCCAGAAUUCAGAGAGACAACGCCCGCUUCAUCUGGUGAGUAA